CUCAUUAUAUUCAGGCGACCGAGUGACCCAUCGUACUAUUUUACUACUCUUUGACAUAGCUAGAUGUGAUGACUGCACAUGCGCAAUGAUUCAAAGUUUGCAAGGAGGCCAACCGGAUCAUAACACUGCUCAGCUGAUCAACCUGCUGCUGGAGUCACUGAUGCUUUAGUAGAAUGAGACGUGCAGACCAGGACAAACCUGCAGUUUACCAACGGGUCGUGUUCAAGAACGCCUCUCCGUAUCACUAUAUGAAGGUCUGCCUCGUGCUGGAGGAUGAGUCUACCAGACUGAGUGAAGUAGAUCUGAAGCAGUUUAUCAUCACAGGUCUGAGGAGUCUGUAUGGAGAGGUGGGAGCAGCGUUGACGUUUGACCUGCUGAAGUAUGAUGAAGAAACCCGCACUGCUUUCUUACGUGUUUGCAGCAGGGGUUUGGUGAAGCUGUGGAGUUCCCUGACUCUACUUGGCUCCUACCAGAACCAGGCUUGUGCCUUCAGAGUUCUGCAGGUGUCUCCAUUCCUGCUUGCUCUGACAGGAAACAGUCGAGAGCUGCAGCUGUGCUGAAGCCUUGUUUUCUUCAGGAUGAGUUUCACGUGGUGCAGUAUCUUUAACAAACCGUUGCUGUGCCUCUCGUCCGUCAGAGCAGCU